AUGUCGUCGACAUCCACAACCACCCCGGUCGCGACACCGAUCAAAAAGGAAAAGGACACCAACACCGCCUCACCAGCACCCCCAUCCCUGGUGACCAACUCUUCUCGCGUUCCAUCCACGGCCUACUCCACCGCCACUUCGCUCUCCGCUAGCUUUGAACCGCUCUCCUCCUCCGAGAUCCUCGAGCGCGUCCCCAGCCCCGUCGUGCGACUGGCCGCGGCGCUGGCACCCGCCAUCCAUGCCUUCCACCGCUUCAUCCGCCUCGCCACGUGGACUGGCGGCAAGAACUCCACGUCGUCGUCCGUUCUGCUGCUCGUCUCCUUCUGGCUGAUGUGCGCUUUUGGAUACGAGCUUUUGCGGUAUGCUCCUCAAACCCUCGUUCUCGGCUGGAUCGCCUACGCAGGUAUCAGGAGACAGCUUUCCUUUGCCAGUCCUCGCAAGCACACUCCGGCGAAGAUCAUCGAGAAGCACGAUGUGGUGUCGGCAGCUUCGCUCAAUGCGACCUUGCUCGAGUUGAGCGAGCUGGCGGACUUCUUCUCGUCGUUGAGGAGGAAUGUGCUGGUGCCGGCGGUGCAGCUCGUCUCGUGGGAUCCGAGUCCGAUGAGUACAAAGGCGGUGGCGGCGUUCGUGCUGUUGACCUGGCCGUUGUGGUUGUUGGCUUUCCUGCCGUUGAGGGAGAGUGGGUUCCCUAGUCUGGUGCUUCCCGUCUCGGCGAGUGGCAUUGUGGCAGCGAUUGUCAGGUGGGAUGUCUACGUCUACCAUCAGAUUCUCAAGCUCAUCGGUCCAGACCACGUCGCCGCUUUCCAUACCAAAGCAGCACCUCUCUACGCGCACUACGACCAUCUCUCCGGAUUCGUCGCCAAAACACCGGUGCCAGUCGUCUAUGCCCACCUCGCAAACCUCGCUUCUCGCGUGCGUUGGGAGCAGUGGACCGAAUUCAACCUCACCCUGCUCCCACCUUACCCGAUCGGAGCACUCACCGUGCGCAGUCUGGUCUGCUUUGUCGGAACGCUCGCUCUCACCUGGUGCUCACCCUGGUGCAGUCUGUUCCGUCAAGCCGUGUGGAAGAGCGCUACGAUCCGACGCGUUGUUCGUGGAACGGGCAGGUUGCUCAGUGGACAAUUUUCGGCGAGGGAUGCGUACGGCAAGGGCAACUUGGAUGAUGAGUGGGCGCACGGGUUGUAUCAUGAAGAUGGAUCCGAGUUGCUCUCUGCUGGUAAGGGUAAGGUCGACACGGGGGUCAAGGUGAAAGGGAAAACAGAUGGGAAGGAGGACAAGGUGGUUCGACACGAAGAUGUCGUAUACGAGUUUUCCAUUUUCGAGAAUCAACGAUGGUGGGUAGGGUUGGACUGGACGGCAGCGCUUUUGCCGCAGGAAAGACCUUCAUGGUCGGACGAAGCGAACAAUCCUGUUUCGCCGCCCGCGUCGUUCAGUCUGCCGGCGACCAAGAUCAUGCUGACGCCAGCACCGACCGCUGCCGACCCGAAAGCUUUCACCCGGAGGACGAUCAAGUGGCAGUGGGUGGAUCCGGAGUGGUCGAUCGCCGGCGUAUCCAGCCGUGGCUACUACCCGAGCUCGGCCGUGUACAAGGGGAGUGCUAAGGAAGCCGCGAUCAAGAGCGCCAGCGCGUUGGGGGACAAGGAGGCGGUGGCGGCAGCGAAGCAGGGGUAUCUGGGUGAUGCGUUGAGCCGGAUCCGUGCGAGGACGAGUGGAAAGGAGGAGGAAGAGGUGGGAGAUGUCGGCACUACAGCGCACAGGGUUGGGGGCGAGGGAGGCGAGGAGGAGUGGGAUGUGGAUGCAGAGGGUUGGCAGUACGGCGACAACGCGUGGGACAAGAUGAGCAGGAAGAGCGGCAUGGGGAGGUAUACGAGGAGGAGAAAGUGGGUCAGGAGGGCGGUGCUGUUAGAGGUCGUAGAGUAUGGUGUGCAUGGGCCUACGGCGGGGGACAAGGUGAAGGGUGCGGUGAAGGGGGAAGGUAAGAAGGAGGAGGAGGAGCAAGCAGGGGAGGAGAAGGAAGAGGAGAAGAAGGUGGAUGGCGUGGAUUCGUCGACUACGCCCAAGGUGGAUACGGACGUUGUGACGGCUAGUACGACCGAGGCGGGGGAGAAGGAGGAGGGUGGCGAUGUUUCGCCGUCGAGCGCUGCGUUGGCUGCAAAGAGACCGAGCAUCUCGGAUCGCUUGGCACAGGCAGCACACUGA